GCAGCCAUUAGCUUAUUGUUUCCAUGGUAGUACGUGGGCACGCAUGGCGCAAAUUAGUUGCGAUCUCCAUUUUAUUUCCGUUCAUUAAAGUUAAUUGCGGGGAUAACGGCGAGUGCCAGUUCAUUCUGUUCGUGUGACCAAAAUGACCAAAAGCGACGAAUUCAAACGUUUUCUGGUGCAGGAGCUGCAGACACGCGACUUGAUAGCGUGACCACCUAAGGAUGACAUUGGGGACGGAUAUGUCCGACAACUCUGCUUUGUCCGAGGAUGUGGACAUCGAUGUCGUUGGAGGUGACAUAUCUGUAGGUAAGGAUGGGAAAUACCUACAUCACCAUCACGACUAUAACUUGGGCAAUGACUCUGAUGACAACCUUUCCCAGAAUGCCAGGGAGUGCGCCUCUUCCCCGAGCCUGAGCAACUCUGGGUGUCCGACAGAACGUGUUGGGGUAGAAGAAGAAUCUGGCGGAGGAAACUUAGUUGGAGGAAAAUCGGGAAAAAACACGCUGGUGAAGCCGCCUUACUCAUAUAUUGCCCUGAUUACAAUGGCGAUUCUGCAAAGUCCCAAGAAGCGCUUAACACUAAGUGAAAUCUGUGAGUUUAUCAGCAACAGGUUCCCUUAUUACCGGGAAAAGUUCCCCGCUUGGCAGAAUUCGAUUCGGCACAAUCUCUCUCUCAAUGACUGCUUUGUCAAAAUUCCUCGGGAGCCUGGCAAUCCAGGAAAAGGGAACUACUGGACCCUAGACCCGGAGUCGGCCGACAUGUUCGACAAUGGGAGCUUCCUGCGCAGGAGGAAACGUUUCAAGAGGCACCAGUCGAAUGAGAUCCUCAGGGACCCUGGGGGGUUCCUGCCGGGCUUUGGGUACGGUCCCUACGGGUACAACUAUGGUCUCCAGCUACAGAGCUUCCAUGCCCAUCACCCAUAUCACGGUCACCAUCCGGGAAGCACAAUCCCUUUCCAGAACCCGCAGUGUGCACUCCCUACUCCGGCCACAUUUCCUUCACCACACUCUCUUCCCUCACUUGUGGGGUCCGACUUGAGAAAGCCAUUUUACCCACAGCUUAGUCCGACUUUGCCUGGACUAGCGCCUCUGAAAGUGAACUCUAGCACCCCGAGCCGGCCCUCCUUCUCUAUAGACAACAUAAUCGGCGCAGCCAACACUCCGGCUCCCCCUUAUUCUGUACAGCCGGGCAGCCAAGCACAGAUCUUGGCUAUGCUGACUCCUGCACUCGCAUCUGCCUCUAACCACUUGAAUCUCUCCCAGGAAACGCUGUUGCAACCGACCAGCGCGCAGACUUUUUCCAGCAAAACGGCAAACAUUAACGGUUGUCACUUCUAAAUCGACAACAAAACAAAAAGCACAGAACUUCUUUAAGUCCCAAUAAGGUUCUAUCACCGUAUGCGAAGGUAGGAUAAUAUUCUUUGCGACACUAUGGCGCAUUUUGUUCGUCUCAACACGUGUUUCUUAAUCGUCAUAGAAUAAAAAUAAACAUGCGUUAAAUAUAUUUAUGGUAUGUAAAUAUGUAUAAUAUAAAGGGAGACGCUUAUUAAAAUCGUAUUCAAAUUAAGGUUUCGCAGACUUGCGGAGUGACUAACUAACUUUUCCCGUAUGUCCAACACCCCAAGUUAAAAAGAAAAGUAGCAUCCUGCAGAUAUGUAACUAUUAUUAAGAUUAUUAUCGUUUUAUAUUUUUGGUUUAGUUUGUGAAAAGCACUGUUCAUACCGAGACCGACAAUUCUCAGGUUUUUAAUUGUUUUAAAGCACAUUGACAGAGAAAACGGGGGCUGUAAAUACGACCCAUAACCUUUGCCACUCUCCCCCGCUCUCCUUACAGCGGUGUUUGGUGAAUUUGUAAUUAUAAUUGUUCUAUGUUGUCAAUAGACAAUUAUGUGGUUUUGGUGUAAAGCACAUUACCUCUCAUUCUGUUCAACUGUUGUGGAUAGGGUCUUGUCUAUUUCAAUAAAAAAAUCUGUGAAAUAUGUUAUUUGUAAAGAACGACAGACAAAAAACUUCUUAAAAUGUUAAUAAAAUGUCAUUUGUCUUUGCUGUAAAGACAAUACAAAUAAAUGUUUGUGAAUUUUAAA